UUUUGUUGUCUCACCCCAACUCACUUCUUCUCCGAGCCUGCGGGUCGAGGUUUGGAUUGUGUCAGCGCAGCAGCAGCAGUAGCAGCGGCAGUCGGCUAGGCUAGGCCUGAAUCCACCUCGCAAACACUUAUGGACUUUGAAAAACAAGCCUAACAGUCUCCAGAAUCGUGUGUGAAUGGAGCAGUGUGCGAGUACGGCCUCCCUGCUGGCCUCGGUGCGGGAGCAGGAGAGGCAGUUUGAGAUGCUGAGCCGAGCUCUGGAGGAGGAGCGGAGGUCGUGCGCCGGCACCCUGCCCCGCCCCCUCCCCAACAUGCAGAACGGCCGCAUUCCUUGUGAUGCAGACAUAGAGAGGCUGACACUCAACGAGGGUUACAUCAACGGGACACAUCACUUCAGGAUGGAGCCUGGUCAGAUGGUGCAGGAGUCCUACACGGUAGAGGAGGAACCCCAGGAGUCCCCACCUGUUGUCUCUGUGGAGACCACUGAAGAUGGCACCACACGGCGCACAGAAACCACGGUAAAGAAAGUAGUAAAGACCACCACCACUCGUACAGUCAUCCCCUCUGUGUCAGACACACUUUCCCUGGAUGGUGGGGGUUCAGUAACAGGCAUGUCAGCCUAUAGUGCGCCCAUGGACCGGGUCUACAGGCAGGGUCCUGCCACAGGCAUGCCUAUGGACUACCCCACUCACACUGUGCCCAGAAACUACCACUACGGACCUCCAGGGGGCUAUGACGACUACCGCGCAGGACCUCCAUCUGAGACCUACGCAAGCCUUACCAGGGGUGCUCGCAUGGAUGAUCGCUACAGACCAGUCCAUCCAGAUGGGUACAGAACUCUGGAUCCGAGCUAUAGAGCCCCAAGCAGGAACCAGCUGGACCCAUAUGCUGCUCAACCACAGGUUGGGCGCAUGGGAAGUGCUAUGGAGCUAUCUUCUAUCCCAAGGUUUGUUCCAGAGCCUUACGGUCUGGAGGAUGAUCAGCGCAGCAUGGGCUUUGAUGAGCCUGACUACGGCAUGGGACACCCAAUGCACUAUAGCACUGUGCCCCGGAACCACCACGCAUUCCCCCAUGGGCCCCCACGCAGAACUGGGAGUUACGAGGGCACCUUGGAUGGUGACAUGAGCGGUCCAGGGGACAUGUACUAUUGGGGUGGAGGAGCGCCUCUGGCCCAGGGUGAAAGAGGAAGCAUGGCCUCAUUGGACAGCACUCUAAGGAAAGGUCCGGGCCCUGGUGGUUGGCGUCAGCCAGAGCUGCCAGAGGUCAUCGCCAUGCUCAACUACAGGCUAGACCCGGUCAAGAGCAACGCAGCUGCAUACCUGCAGCAUCUCACUUACAAGAAUGAUAAGGUGAAGUCUGAUGUGCGUCGUCUGAAAGGCAUCCCAGCUCUGGUUUCUAUGCUUGACAACCCAAACAAAGAGGUUCACUACGCAGCCUGUGGAGCGCUAAAGAACAUCUCAUAUGGCAAAGAUCCAGACAACAAGAUCGCCAUCAAGAACUGUGAUGGAGUGCCUGCUCUGAUCAGGCUGCUGAGAAAGACCCACGACCAAGACCUCACUGACACUAUCACAGGGACGCUGUGGAACCUGUCGUCUCAUGACUCUGUGAAAAUGGAAAUUGUGGACCAUGCACUGCACGCCCUCUCCGAUGAAGUGAUGGUGCCCCAUUCAGGAUGGGAGCGAGGGAGCAAUGGAGCAGGAGGCGGGGAGGAGAACUGCAAGCCCAGACACCUUGAGUGGGAGACGGCCCUCACCAACACAGCAGGCUGCUUGAGAAAUGUGAGUUCGGAGCGAAGUGAGGCGAGGAGGAAGCUGAGGGAGUGCACAGGAUUGGUCGAUUCGCUCAUGUACAUUGUCCAGUCCCAGAUCGACUGUAAAGAUGUUGACAAUAAGUUGAUAGAGAACAGCGUGUGUCUGCUGAGGAACUUGUCUUAUCACGUGCACCGCGAAAUCCCUGGCUGUGAGCGAUACCAGGAGGCCGCGCCCAUCAACCAGGGCCCCGCCCCCUCCAGCCAGAAGGGCGGCUGCUUCAGCUCCCGAAAGGGCAAAGAUGAGUGGUUUUCCAAAGGUAGGAAAGACGAGGAUGCAGCUGCAGAUAUAAUAGACAUUCCAAAGAGGACCACGCCUGCUAAAGGCUAUGAGCUGUUGUACCAGCCGGAGGUGGUGCGCAUCUACACCUCUCUGCUAAAGGAGUCUAAGAACCCCACUGUGUUGGAAGCCUCAGCCGGAGCUGUUCAGAACCUGUGCGCCGGCCGCUGGACUUAUGGACGAUACAUCCGUGCCUUGCUGCGUCAGGAGAAGGGUCUACCCAUGAUGACUGAGCUGCUGGCCCAUGGAAAUGACCGAGUGGUCCGAGCCAUGUCUGGAGCCCUCCGCAACCUGGCCAUUGAUGCGCGCAAUAGAGAUCUACUAGGUAAACACGCGGUGCCUCACCUGGUGGCCAACCUGCCCGGUGGUGGUCAGAGUCAGCCUGUGCGAGCGCUGUCAGAAGAGACGGUGGUGUCAGUAUUGAGCACACUUCAUGAGGUGCUGGGCUCUAGCCUGGAAGCAGCCAAGACCCUCAGGGCCUCGCAGGGCAUCGAGAGACUGGUGCUCAUUAACAAGGAUGGUAAUCGCUCUGAGCGCGAAGUACGUGGUGCUGGCCUGGUGCUGCAGACAGUGUGGGGCUACAAGGAGCUGCGGCGCACUUUGGAGAAGGACGGCUGGAAGAAGACAGACUUCAUGGUCAACCUAAACCCUCCCAGCAACAACACUAGAGCCAAUGGAGGAUAUGAGGACAGUACUCUGCCGCUCAUAGACAAAGGCAGCAAAGGGGACCGGGAAAUGAUUCCAAUGAAUGACUUUGGACCAGGUGAGAAUGCCUACUCCACACUGGACCAGAGAGGGAGAAGGAACACUCUGGAUAACACACUCGAACCUGCUGACAAAGAUGCAGUACAGGGAGGGAUGUAUGGGGAGAGGCAGGCCUCUUUGCCUCUAAUGGAUUCUUACGAUGGUUAGGCUACACCCACUGUCACACUGCAUGUCAGCGCAUGAAAAACUGAUAGUGUGCAUCACAAGACGACAGCCUCCUCCCACCUACUGCCCUUGCUGAACUGACAACGUGGGACCACUACACUACCAAUGGGAAUUAAACUCCAUCCUUUUACACUCGACACUUCUGUCUCUCCUUACUCUUUUUGCAGCUUCCCUUCUCUCUCUCUCCCUUUCUCUGUUACAUUCCUCCAUUCGCUGACUCACUUUUGAAACAACAUGGACAACUGACGUGGAUCUACGUUCCCUGUGGACAACCGGAUGCGACACUACAACCACUUUAAGCUCUGCGAGUCCUUAAAACUCCAAAAAACAACAAAAAAAGCUAACCACUCCAUCAGAUAUGGUGGCACCAACACUACAUCUCCACACAAAAACACUAUAACUUGCUUGGACAACACUAACGCUCUCUCUUCAUCAAAAAGCAGAGACUGUGGCUUCAUCUGAGGACUUUUGUAAUUUUAUGGAGGUUGGAGCAUAGACUUAUUAAACCAUUAUUAAACUAAUUAAAUGGAACUGUUGGGAUCAGAACAGGACAUUUUGUUGACAUUUUACAUAAAUGGCUAAUACACUCUGUUUUGAAGAAACUGAGCGAAUGUGUAAUUUUCUCUCCUGAUGGUUAAAUACUACAAAAAAAAAGAAUUUCCUACCAUUGAGAAACCAAUGUUUAUCGAUUAAUCAGAUACGUGUAAACUUUCUGCUUCUGUUUUGGUAGUGGUUGUUCCUCUUCUUGCUUUGCUUUGUACCACAGUAAUGUACAUGUGCCAAAUGACACUGCUACUGCUGCAACUGCCAAUACUGAAUGCAAGAACUUCACACACUCAAGACUUUUUAACUGCAGCUACACUGAAAAUUGUGUUUUGCUUUGUUUUGUAUGCAGUUUGUGUCAGUGGCAGAUCAUUGCCAAGAUGCAUUGGGGGGGGGGGGGGAUUCUGCAUUUUUCUGUAUUUGAUUGUGGUCUAUAGAUAUAAGGGGACAGAAAUAGAGCAGAGAAAUUCUUCUACACCUUGGUGGAAUAGACAGUAAAGUCUGUGCUACGUUCCUAUCUUUCUGAUAAAUGUAAGCCCUGUAACUUUUUUGGGGAGACAUCACAGGAAUCAGUGGAUGUGUUUCCUUUUAUCCACAGGUCUGUAAUCUUAAGAAUGUGUACAUACAAGACUGUCUCUAACAGUGGGCUAACUGGAGUGCCUCGCUUAUUCAGGACAGGUCUGAUGGAUGUGUCCAACGUGACAUUGGUAAACAAUCAAGGUGUCUUUUUUCCGAGUAGGUCACUAAUUGAGCAUAAUGUACAUGGAAGUCAUCAGUUUUCUAUUCUGCAAAAUAAUGGAAUAUGUGAACUUGUAUGUAUGUAAGAGUUGAUUUUUGUUAUUGGGAUUGGAUUUUUAUUGUUUUCUUUACGAGGUAUAAAACUCUUGUUCUGUAUAAUUUACUGCUUCACAAACCCAUACCCUACCUGGCUUUAAGACAACAGAACAGUACAUGGGAGAAGACACAGUAUUGUCUGUUUUGGCCCACGUUGCUUUAGUACAGUGCUUGUUCUGUAGAAGAAUGCAUACUUUUAGUGUCGAGAUGUAGAUACUUAUUGAGUGGACAAUUAAAAUAGGCACUAGGGGAGUAUAAUGCGUGCCCCCCCCCCCCUUAAAAAAAAAACAAAAACAAAAAAACUUAGUUUUCCAUGCAAAUUGAAAAACACUACAGAGGAGGCCUCAUUUUCUCAAAGUAACAAGUUGCCUUCAAGAGUGGACUGACUAAAAGAGAACCGAGAGGAGCAAGGGUUGUGGUAGAAAAUCUGUGUAAGGAGGCAUAGAUCAGAAUUUUGCUAUUAGAUAAGUGGAGGAAGAAAUAAGCACAUUAAAACUAUAUAUACAAGAGAAUAUUUGUUAAUUUUAAUGAUUUUAUGUAUUUCUUUUUUUAUAUUCUGAUUUGGGUUUAAUUGUUUUGGGUGCUCUGGGUGAACGCAUAUGCAAUCAGUUUUACUGUUGAUUGAGUUUAUGUCUUAAUUAAAUGCAAAAUAAGUUAGCUAAACAAAAUCCUCCAAGAGUCAUCAGAUACUGGAACACUAAUGGAAAAAAUCUGAUUCUGGACUACACCUUAAUAUCUUUGCCUUGGCUCUUAAAAUUGCACAUUCUCAUUUAUGAAUGAAUUAUGUAACUAGCAAUACUGUUUUUAAUAAAAAAGAAAAUGAUUUCUCGGA